UCAAUCCAAGAUAUUUGAAUUCAUAGUUCGGACGACCCAACGAUCUAAAAAAAAUAAAUCACCACCCAGAACCUGGACCACCAGCAAGAGGCUAGAAGCUAGACUACUCUAAACAGUAGUCCCGGUUCGCCUCCCCACACUCUUGCCCUACUUUGAUUAUUAACUUUACUUGUCACGGGAAACUACAAAUUCCCAGCAUCCCGCUUCUAAUUAAUCUUCCCCUUUCCCACUUCUUCAUUGCGAAACGCACCCGACCAAAUCAUUCCGCUGUUUUGCAAUCCGUCAUCAGUGUCGCCAACACCUGGGCGUAGCCCACCCCCAAAGGCGACUCGAGCCGCCAAACCACUUCUCGAUUCGCCGGAACUAAGCCUUCCAUCUCCCCGCCGCUGCCCCGUCGCCAAGUGACCUUUUUCCUAUUCGAGACUUAGAGACUCAGAUCGAUUGUAAAAAACCUCCGCCCAACAUAUAUUACCUUUCCGCGCAGAGCACCCUCCCUCACUUUUAAUCCUUCAGAAAUGUCGAGCAAUUCGGAAAAGACGGUUUCACCCAGCGCCUCAAAGCAAUCGUCAAUAAAAUCAUUCGAGCUCGCCACAAAAUCCCCGAAGAUACGACCCCAGAAUGGUCAACCUAUUAACGAUGCCCUUCAUGCCGAGGCUCAGCCGAGGCAACCCGAGAAGGCUUCCAUCAAGGAUAGGUUAACCCGGAUGUUCUCCAAUAAGGACGAACUGCCCAGAUCCGGCCUUGUUGAUGCCUCACAGCCUUCCAAGCGCGCUGUCCCAAGCCCCUCUCCCAGCCAGACUGGUGUCGCAUCACCAGCAAAGCCAGCCUCCGUAGCACGCAAGCCAUCCUCAGCUGACCCAACUGCCGCGACAAAGUCGGUGCACCACCACCAACGGUUUGUCAUGAAUCCAGAUGUUGCCGGCGGCCACGAACAUCACCUCAAGGGUAGCAAGCGACAAGAGAAACUGUCCGACAUGUGGAAAACCCUCCUUGGAAGGAAACAAGAUCAACCGCCCGAAGCCGAUUUAUCUUUGGUCUCUAGCUGGGUCGAUACCCUGAAGCAAGAGAAGGAGUCGCUGGCCGGUGAUAGGAAAGGAGGGCCCAACCAGAGCUCCACUCUAGUCGAGAAGUAUGGUAAAUGCCAGGAGGUUGUGGGCCGCGGCGCUUUCGGCAUUGUGAGGAUAUCGCACAAGAAGGUGGAUAACGGAGAGAAGCUUUUUGCCGUCAAGGAAUUCCGUCGCAGACCCGAAGAAACCGAGAAGAAGUAUAGUAAGCGUCUGACGGCAGAAUUCUGCAUCUCAUCUUCGCUGCGCCAUCCGAAUAUUAUCCACACCCUAGACCUGCUGAAGGACCAAAAAGGUGACUACUGCGAAGUUAUGGAGUAUUGCUCUGGUGGUGACCUUUAUACUCUCGUCUUGGCUGCUGGAAAAUUAGAAGUGAUGGAGGCCGACUGUUACUUCAAGCAGAUGAUGCGCGGCGUCGAAUAUUUGCACGAGAUGGGUGUAGCGCACCGCGAUCUAAAACCGGAGAAUUUGCUCCUGACAAGCCAUGGCGCCUUGAAGAUUACCGAUUUCGGCAACGGCGAAUGCUUCAGGAUGGCCUGGGAAAAUGAUGCCCACAUGGUCUCGGGUCUUUGCGGAUCGGCCCCUUAUAUCGCCCCCGAAGAAUACAUCGACAAGGAGUUUGAUGCCCGUGCCGUCGAUGUCUGGGCUUGCGGUGUUAUUUAUAUGGCGAUGCGAACUGGAAGGCAUCUUUGGCGAGUGGCUAAGAAGGACGAAGACGAGUUUUAUGAGCGGUACCUAGAAGGGCGCCGCGACGAGGAAGGUUAUGGCCCGAUCGAGUCGUUACACCGAGCUCGGUGUAGAAAUGUUAUCUACUCUAUCCUGGACCCCAAUCCUACGCGACGUAUCACAGCGUCGCAGGUCCUCAAGUCAGAAUGGGGCCGCGAAAUUAAACUCUGCAAGGCUGGCGAAGAAGGUGUUUAAGCGAUGCCGCUUUUUCCGAACGAGCACCUGCUCUUCGAGCAAGGGACGAGGACGUUUUAAUGAUCGGCCGAUCUUGGAAUGUUGUGUACCUUCGUCCCUUUGGUGUCCUCAUCCCUUAUAGGAGAUGACGACCCUGAUGUGCUUCGCUGCCUUGCCGAAAAAAAAGAUCCUUCCAUAACCCUGUCCAAUCCACAAGCACGAGUUCUCAAAUUCUCAUUCAUGAACUAAACAUCCUUUCAUUUUGCAUGGAGUUCUGGUGAAAUUACGGUUUCUUGCAUCAUCCUUUCAUUCUCGAAUUCGUAUUCUUCACUACACAUUUUAGUCUCGAAACUUCGGAUCAUAGCACCAGGAUUUCCAUGCGCAGCGCAUCAAAACAGGAUUGGUGGAUAGAUGCGCCACGCGCUCUGCGAGUGAGCGUC